AUGUCACAAGCACCAGAGGGCCCCAAGAACGAAAAGGGCAGACCCUUUGGCUCUGGCACAACAAAUGCCAAGAGGAAGGAGGCAAGGAAACACCUGCAGUGGUCAGCAUUGGAAAAUGCUAACCCCAGUGAUCCUGCCCAUCUCUUGGAGCAUUUGAAAGCUUUGGAAAAGGCUCAGAAAAAGUGCCAAGAAAGGCUGACUGAAGAAAUUCAGAACAGCCUGGAUGCAUGCUCCUCUGGAGAGCCAGCUCCCAAGGCUGCAAAGACUGCUGGAGGGAGCAAGCAGGGUUUGGGGAAGCCCUUGGUCAUUGUGGAUUGGCACCUCACACUGGUGCAGAAUGACGACACCAUUGCAGAAAGGGACCUUCAUGCAUUGAAGGUCCUGGCCUCAAAGGUGGAUGUCCUCAUUCUCUCCUAUGUGUGGAGUGCAGCCAGGGAAGCAGAGGUCCCAAAACAGGUGAAAUCCCUGGUGCCUUUCUGGAAGGACCUGAAAGGGAUUGAGACUGUUUGGUCCAGGACAGGGGAAGAUGGCAAAUGCAAUUUUGCCUGGCAGGAAGAAGCUCUGGCAGUCUUCGAUGACCACAAGAAGAUCUGCCUGGAGUGUGCCCAGUGGGGCCUGGAAAUUUACCCAAUCUGCACUUCAUACCAGAAGCACAACUGGUAUGGAGGUGGGUACAAGAGCUUUGCUGAUGCUGUGGAUGAAUUCCUUGGAAAACAUGGGUACUAG